CAUUACAUACUUUCUUCUAUAUUUAUCGCGUCAUAUCUACGACGUAUCGUCGUACUGAGGGUGACGGAUAUUUACAUUGAAGGGCAUUUCGAGAGAAUUAUUUUAAGAAUCAUUACUUGCACAAAUAUUUCUAGUAAGAACUAAACAGUAGCUCUAAUAAAUCUUUAAAUGUUCUUGGAAAUUUUUGUAUCCUUUUGAUUACUAUCUAUUGUUUACGUAAAUAUCUUGAUGGAUAUCAAAAAAUAUUCUGCUUAAAUUUGAAUGUUUUUAUGAAUCUUAUUCUUAGCGUAGAUAUGUACAGUUUUUGUUGAUAGAACAAAAUAUUUUAAUCAAUUUUUUAGACAAAGAAAACACAUUUUUGGUUUAUCAGGCUUAUUAUAUUUGAUUGAUUGUGUAAAUCUUAGUCACGCACUACAAUAAUAAUAAGCUCCUCAAUGAUGAUAAAGGUUAUAUCUAUGAUAAAGAUUAUAGGUACUUUUUUUGCAUAAAAUUUUGUUUUUUAUAUAUAAUAAUUGCCUUCCCUAUAUGUGCAAAGAUUUUUAAUACUUAAAAUUUUUUGAUGUUCUUAUUUUAUUGAGCAGAACUGUAAUAUUUUAUAUUUCAAUAAGAGUAUUGCACUUUAUUUGUGAAUCAAAUAAAUAAAAAAUUCAAGUGGUCAGAGUCAAGCCAUAGCAAAUUCAAUUUCUUCUGUAAAUCAAUAUUCAAAAUUCUUUAUUUGAAAAAAAAAAAAUUAUUACUAAAUUGUGUUUAUUAAAACAAGAAAUUAAUAUGACGAAAACCUAUAAUUUUAAGAUUUAUAAGUUUUUUUCUAAAGAUUAAGAUUUUAUAUAUUUUUUUUUUAAAAUUAUGCUGUGAUAUUUUGUAACCAUUAAAAUUUAUGAUAUCAUAUCUUCAAGAAGUGUGAUGUUUUUUAAAGAGGAAAGUUCUGAUUUUUUGUUUGUUUGUAAUGGCUAAAGGACAAAAACGAAUGGACCAAUUUUAAAAAUUCUUUAAGCAAUAUAAUGCUGCAUUAUCACUGAGUGACAUAGGCUAUAUUUUAACUAGAGAAAAAAGAGCAGGAGAAAUUCUGUAAUCAAGAAAAAAAAUGUAAGAUAUAAAUAUGAAUGAUUUUAAUUUACAUAACUGUUUUAAUGACUAGACAACCCAUCUCAACGAUGGUCACCAGCAACUAAUGGUCCACUGGGUCGGAGAAGGUUCAGAUGUUAUCAUCUGCCUGGCAAGAGACUCCAGCUCUAGAAACAAAGGAAUUGCUUCAUCGUCAGCUCUUUACAUAUCCUAUGAUUAUGGAAAGAACUUCACCAAUAAGACAGAGAGCUUUCGACUUGGAGAUGAAGCUGAUAGUGGAUAUGCUCAGUUGGACAAGUUCUUUAAUCAUCCUAAAUAUCCCGAAUUCUGCGUCUUCGUCGAUUCAACAAAUAAGAAGCUCUAUUACACACAAGAUAAUGGUCGGACAAUACACAGAUCAGAUGUAAACUUCCAUCCCAGUGAACUUGCCUUUGACGAAGAAAUACCGAACAGAUAUGUUAUUUUGGAUAAGGUUAAUGCAACACGAAACCUCUAUAUGACCUUGGACGGCGGGAAAACGUUCAAGCUUAUACAGAAUUACGUGAAAACGUUUUUCUGGUCGUCCGGACCCGGUUUCCCUAACGUUUUCUAUGUGGAAAGAUGGAAGCCAGGCGGUAAUAGCACGGUUCUUAGUGUCGACGAUCCUACCAAUAUGGUCAACGCACACGAGUUGUUCGCAGACGCCAAGGAUUUCCAGAUAAAAGGAGAUUUUAUGUUCGCUACGAGACAAUCUAAAGAGAAAAACUCUUUGGAUCUCUACAUAUCCCAUCAGCGAGGCCCUUUCUUCAAAGCGAAGUUUCAGACUGAAUUGGACUUGAGCAAGUUUCACAUUUCAGAUGUAACUGAUAAACGUAUUUUCGUCUCUGUCAUGCACACUGAAAACCUGUCAAAUCUUUAUGUAUCGGAAAUAAGCAAAAACUUUACCCAGUAUAACUUUGUUCUAAGCUUGGAACACAUUCUAAGUUAUUUCCCGGACGGAAAUUGGAAGGACAGUUGGUUAGAAGAUGUUACAGAAGAUCCUUUCACGGAUCUAUAUCGUGUCGAGGGUCUGAAGGGCAUCUACAUCGCUUCAAAAGUAAACUUGAAGACGCAAGCAUCGAACAUAGAGCCUGAACAUCUAGUGUCUCUCAUAACUUUCGAUCACGGAGUCACUUGGUCAUCUAUUAAAGCGCCGACUGAAGAUGAAAAUGGCAUCCCGCUUAACUGCCACAUUGAAAACUCGUGCCGCUUGCACUUGUGCCAGAAAUUCAGUCAGUUGUAUCCAGUUACAAGAUCGGCAAGUAUAAUGAGUUCUAAAUCUGUACCCGGCGUUAUCAUGGCAACAGGAGUGAUUGGAAAGUCUCUAAAGGGCAUUCCAGGAGUCUAUCUCAGUAGAGAUGCUGGUCUCACUUGGAAGAGGAUUCUGAAGGACUAUUACUUCUUCAAUUACGGCGAUCACGGCGGAGUACUUGUCGCAGUUAAAUAUUUCAAGACGAGAGGGGAAACUAGAAGGAUCUUGUACUCGACUAAUGAAGGUCUGGACUGGAAUUCUUAUCAAUUUAACGACGACGAUCUUCGCAUAUACGGACUUAUGACAGAACCAGGCGAAAAUACAACAACAUUUACAAUGUUCGGUUCUGAGAACGCUCAACACCAAUGGAUAAUUAUUACCAUUGACUUGCUAAACGCUUUUCCACGAAACUGUACGAAGGACGACUACAAGUUUUGGUCAGUAACGACACCAAAUUCUUCAGUAUCUUGCGUUCUCGGUGAAAGAGACACGUUUCAACGCCGCCUCGCUCAUACAAAUUGUUACAACGGCGUUGGAUAUGAUAGGCCAGUUAAAAAAGAAGUGUGCGAAUGUAGUAGGCGAGAUUAUGAGUGUGAUUUUGGUUUCGUUCUUUCCCAUAAUAUUUGUGUCAGAAAUCAGAGUCUUAACUAUGACCCUUAUGCUAUUCCACCACAUUGUCGCCCAGGUACAUUUUAUAAAAGGACCAAGGGUUACAAAAAGAUCGAUGGAGAUGUAUGUAAAGUACCGUUCUACAUGCCUUACGAGCCGGAAUCGAUUCCUUGCCCAAUAGAAGAACCUACGGAAUUUAUUUUGGUCGCGUUAAGGGACAAAAUUGCGCGCAUCGACUUAUUCGAUAAUUCGACAAUAAUACCGGUCACAGGACAGAGGAACAUUGUCGCGAUCGAGUUUGAUAUGAAAAAUAACUGUAUUUAUUGGGCUGAUAUUGAAGUUGACAAAAUUAGUCGGCAAUGCUUUGGCAACAGUACUACACAGGAAGUAGUUGUUGAUACUGACUUGGCUAGUAUAGAAGGUAUGGCCCUGGACUGGAUUUCUAACGUACUGUUCUUUGUCGAUGGCAUGAGAAGGAAAAUCGAAGCCGUAAGGACUGAUCUUACUAGUCAGGGCAGAAUGAGAGCUACCAUAUUGAAUUCCACUGUACUCUCUAAACCCCGUGGAAUAGCAGUCCAUCCCCGAGCGGGAUACUUAUUUUGGACUGAUUGGGACCGUAACAGUCCUUCGGUAUCUAGAUCAAAUCUCGAUGGGACGAAUGUAAAGAUGUUAUUUACAACACCGAUCGUACAAUGGCCCAAUGGUAUCACAAUAGAUAGAAUGGCUGACAGGAUAUACUGGGUCGAUGCGAUGGAAGAUUACAUCGCAAGUGCAGAUUUAAAUGGGCAAUACUUUAAGAGAAUAUUAUGGAAUGAGGAUAAAAACUCGCAUCCAUUUGCGGUCGCCGUCCUAAAGAAUAAAAUGUACUGGGACGACUGGAAAGCUAAGUCGAUAUUUAUGGCAGAUAAAGACACCGGAGGUAAUAUCAUAACGAUCAACGACCAUUUGUCUGGUUUGAUGGAUUUGAAAGUAUUUGCUUACUAUAUGCAGCACGGAACAAAUGCAUGCUCGUAUAAGAAUACAAGCUGCGACACCUUAUGUCUAGGUGGUCCUGGUAAUACUUUCAGCUGUCUUUGUCCCGAUGGAUUUAAAAGAAUCAAUGGAAAAUGUAUGUGUCCGAACGGAAUGGAGCCGGCGCCAAACAUGACGUGUCCGAAACUGGCCGGAACUUGUGAAGAGGAGCAGUUCACGUGCAAGAACGGCAUGUGUAUAACGAGCACGUGGCGCUGCGACGGCAACGACGACUGCGGCGACAUGUCGGACGAGGCGGGCUGCCUGUGCCGCCCGCCCAUGAUCGCGUGCGACGACGCGCGCUGCUACCUGCCGCCCUGGCGCUGCGACGGCGACAUCGACUGCGUGGACAUGAGCGACGAGAAGGAUUGCGGAAAACAAAAUUGUACCGAAACUCAGUUCCAAUGUGCCAACGGUAAUUGUAUCGAGAAGCGGUGGGUCUGCGACGGAGAUAACGACUGCAAGGAUGGAUCUGAUGAACGCAACUGCACGCAAAAUCUACCAAAACGUCCCGAGACGAUGAGUUGUGACAUGCACGCGUUCCGCUGCAACGAUGAUACGAAUCCUUCUUGCAUCCCGGACUCGUGGGUGUGUGACGGGGAACGCGACUGCCCUGGAGGGGACGACGAGACCGAGGACAAGUGUAGGAACUCAUCUUGCGCGCCCUACAUGUUCAGGUGUCCGAGCGGAAAGUGCAUCUUUAUGUCCUGGGUUUGCGAUGGUGAAAAUGAUUGUAGCGACGUAGAUUCUUUCGACGAGAUUAAUUGCAAAUCUAUUGGUCAUUCCAAGUUGCUACCGCGAUCUACCACCGAACCACCUAUUUUCACCAACAACGGUUCAUGUUUAGACUGGAUGUUUAAAUGUGACAACGGUAACUGCUUACCAUAUUGGUGGCGAUGUGACGGUAUCAACGACUGCGGAGACAAUUCUGACGAAUCGGGCUGUGGAUUGGUCGUUCCCGAGAAACCAGUCGUCAGUCCGGAACACGACGCGACUAAACACAAAUGUUCCAAGAAUCAGUUCACCUGUGCUCCCGGCGUGUGCAUCCCGCUGUCGUGGGCGUGCGACCAGAUGGCGGACUGCCCGGACGGCGCGGACGAGCGCGCGUGCCCCGCGGCGCCGCGCGCGCCCGAGCGCUGCGCCGCCGACAGCACGCCGUGCGCCGACGGCCGCGCCUGCGUGCGCCACGCGCAGCUGUGCGACGGCGCGCCCGACUGCGCCGACCGCAGCGACGAGGCCUACUGCGGCGCGAAACAUAAGAUCAGUGGAAGCUGUCCGUCGCGUUACUUCCAAUGCGACGACGGCCGGAAGUGCUUGUGGCAAGUGAAGGUGUGCAACGGUCACCAGGACUGUUACGAUGGAAGCGACGAGGCGAACUGUACCAGCGAGACCAAGCAGACGCAAUUCUAUCAGUUCAUCAGCAUCGGAGUGGAUCAGACCUCUAUCAAUUCUUCAAGUUUCCUAAUAUCUUGCUGGCUGGCUCAGCAGAAAUCAGUCCUGUACAGUUUUCUACCUUCGAUUGCUAAAGUCAGCGAUGGUAUUUGGAAGAACAUGACUUGGACUAACGAUAGCGUUUACAGGUUCACGGAUUUGGAACCAUAUACAGAUUACAAUGUGACUGUAUAUGUUCAGGACAGUAAAUCGAAUAAGGUUUACCCUUCGAUGAAAUAUGUUACGACCAAAACGGGUGAAGGAAAGCCGUCGCCGCCGGCGCGCGUGUCGGCGCGCCAGCUGGCGGGGCGGCGCGUGCAGCUGUGGUGGGACGCGCCGGCGCGCGCGGCGGGCGCGCUGCUGCACUACACGGUGUCGCGCGCGCCGCCGCUGCCGCCCGCCGACGUGCUCGUGCGCGCCUCCGAGCGCUCCGUCGUCAUCCAGGGCUACUUCGAGCCGGGCUCCAACUACUCCUUCUGGGUAACGGCAUCAAACAACGCAUAUACAUCCGAUCCUUCAGAAAUCGUGACGUUAACGUUCGAUGAUCUCGGAGACGUGGAUUACAUCGUGAAUGCCAGUAUGAGCCGCUUGUCGCCCAGCGCGGUAUCUCUGCAGUGGCAUAAGUUGAGAGGCGUUGACGGCUACAUAGUACAGACGAGACUGCCCAUACAGUAUCCGAAGAUGGAUGUCAUUAAGACUAAGGAUAACAAAGCUAAUAUCACCCACCUUCCUCCCGGUGUGAAAAUAUAUAUCGACAUAAUGGCGUACAAGAACACGACAGUCGGCGAGUCGUUCACGAUACCUUACAUCACGGAGGGAAUUCCGGACGAAACGCUCAACGUUACAGUGAUGUUAUUAAAGAAAGAACGUACAACCGUACAACUGUCCUGGUCGCCACCUAUCGCUGAACGGUACAAGAACAAGGAGCUCGAAUAUGAAGUGCAUUACGCUCAUAUUAGGAACUGGAGGACUAAUGACACCCGCAUCAUAACCCGCAACACGAGCGUGCUGGUCGGCGGCCUGCAGGCGUGCGAGACGUACGUGUUCUCGGCCGCGCUGCGAGGCGGGCCGCUGGCCGCUCCCAAGGAAAUCCUCACCAGAGAGAAUCCUAAGGCGCCCAUUAAGGACUUGAACGUUGUCUACAACGAAAAUAAGGAACUAAAUAUCUCAUGGACUGCAAACUGCAACAGUAUUAGUGAACCAGUAGCUUAUAGGCUGGAUAUAACGGAGCUGACACACUCGAGAGUGAGUCGCUACGAGCUGCGCGCCAGUCGGAACGUGUCGCUGUCGCACGUGUUGCGAGACGUGCCGCUGGGCGCGCGGUUCAACGUCUGCGUACAUGUGAGCGCUCAAAACAUUUAUUUAGUACACGCGACGGCUCGCGGCGCGGCGGCCUCGUGCGGCGUGUUCCGCAGCGGCGCCGUGCAGCCGCCGCGCGCCGUCAUGGCGUGGCUGUCGCCCAACGGACACGUCAUGGUCAGCUGGCAGCACCCCGACGACAACAGCUCGCAGCGCAAACAUAAAUUCCAAAUCCUAGUAUCACAAAAAGAGAUACCAGAAGACCUCGUUCAAAUAACGGAUGAUAUAAAGUCGGCGGAAGCGGAGUUCUCCCCGCUCAUAAUGACGGCGGACAGCAAGCCGAGCGGGCCGUUGUACGUGAGCGUACGCGCAGUCAACGAGGAAGGAUACUACAGUGAUUUGAGCGAAGUGCUCAGUAUGGAAGGCGCGGAGGCGAGCGCGGAGGCGCGCACGUGGAGCGCCAGCACGUGGUGGGCGGCGGGCGCGGGCGCGCUGCUGGCGCUGCUGGCGGGCGCCGCGCUGCUGCGCGUGGCGCGCGCGCGCCGCCUGGCGCACUCGCCCGCGCGGGGCGCCACGCCGCGCUACGACUCGCGCCGCGGGCAGGCCACCAUCGACCACGGUGCGUCACGCGGCCGCGACGGCACACGACGCGACGCAACACGACACGAUGCGACACGACACGACACGACACGGCACGAUACGGCACGACACGGCACGACACGACAUGACACGGCACGACAUGACAUGACACGACGUGACUAACCAACUACCAAACUGUACGACGCGAUAGGAAAAAAAACGACACUGCACCACCUCGCACAAACACCAUCAAUAUAGUUUAUAGAUGUACACUAUGUUUAUAGAGAUACUUGCUCAGAUUUUAAGUUGGACCAUUUUAAUUUUAUACAGCAGAUUUUACAAGACGCGAGAACAAACGUACAGAUAGACAGUGAUUCUAAAUAUAAUUAUUGAGGAUUCUGUUGCUCUCAUAAAGACUAUUAAAAAAGAUAAUAUUUCGAAAAAAUAAUUCA